UUUGAAGUGCAAAUAUAAAACACACUUUAAAAUGGAGGUCGAUGAGGAAGAUUACGAUACGAAUAUGUCAGUCGACAGCGACAAUGGUCAACUGAAUCGAUUCGUGGUCAAGAAAUGGAGUGCUGUGGCGCUCUGGGCCUGGGACAUAGUGGUCGACAAUUGCGCCAUUUGCCGCAACCACAUUAUGGAGCCUUGCAUCGAGUGCCAGGCCAAUCAGGCCUCCACCAGCAACGAGGACUGCACUGCUGCCUGGGGCGCCUGCAACCAUGCCUUCCAUUUCCACUGCAUCUCGCGGUGGCUGAAAACCCAUCGUGUUUGUCCAUUGGACAAUAGGGAGUGGGAUUUCCAGAAAUUCGGACACUAAUACCAACUACUUAUGAGAACAACGCUGUGCAGCUCCAAUUUCUACCAAACACUUAUUAUUCUCGUAGCACGAAAUGGCAUCGUUAAUAUUCCAGCCUAUUCAAAUAUCUACGAAGCCGCAGCAACUCAGCUCAUGUUGUUCAAAAUCCUGCAAAAUUGAUCAGAUAUUCCAAAAAUAUCCUUAUUCCACGAUUCUCGAGUUUCUCAUGUUUUUCAAGGCACAUCCAAGAAAACAAACUAUCUAGCAAGAAAUGCCAUCAAAAUUUUAGCAAGAUGACAUUACUUAACCAUUGAAAGACACUGUUACUGAAAGGCUUACGAUCUUAUUUACUUGACCAACGUAGUGCAUCGUUUGAAGAACAGAAGAAAACUCAGAAAUAUACAGCGUUCACUAGAGUUUUUAAAAAUUUAUUUUUAUAGAUUCGCCGAUUAUGUUUUGAAAACAAAAAUAAAUUUAGAAUGACAAUGUAAA